UGACUUGCAUUCCAGCAGCUGUCUCUACUCUGCGCCACUUCAGCUCUCAGCCCCCGACCAUGGAGGAGCUGCAACAUGUCAUCGGGGAGCACCUGGACUCAGCCGAAGCAUUGGGGAAGAGGAGGAGAAAGAAGAGAAAGAACAAGGCGAUUACGGCACCACCAGCAGCGGGGGCACACAAGGCCGAGGGGGAGGAUGGAGAAGCUGGAGGUGUUGGUGAAGUGACGGAACAGCUGGAGAGGCAAACGCUGGAGGACAAAGAGAGGGAGGACGAGGACGGCGAAGAAGGGGAUGACGACGAGGAGGAGAACUCCAUCGCAAGGAGGAAGAAGAAGAAGAAAAAGAAGAAAGGAUUGAAGGGACAGACUGACCCCCCCUCAGUCCCCAUUUGCGAGCUUUAUCCCAAUGGAGAAUUCCCAAGAGGAGAGGAGUGCGAAUACCCGCCCUCAAAAGAUGGACGCAGUGCAGCGUGGAGGACUUCCAGUGAGGAGAAACGAGCCCUAGACUCAGCCAAUGAGGAGAUGUGGAGCGACUUCAGGCAGGCGGCUGAGGCCCACCGUCAGGUCCGCUCCUACGUGAGGAGCUGGAUCAAGCCGGGCAUGACGAUGAUCGACAUCUGUGAGAAGCUUGAGGACUGCUCUAGGAAGCUCAUUAAGGAAAAUGGGCUAAAGGCAGGCUUGGCCUUCCCCACUGGCUGCUCCAUCAACCACUGCGCUGCCCACUACACCCCAAACGCAGGGGACCCCACGGUGCUACGCUAUGACGACGUCUGCAAAAUAGACUUUGGAACCCACAUCAACGGUCGAAUAAUAGACUGCGCCUUCACCGUCACUUUCAAUCCCAAAUACGACAGACUGCUGGAGGCUGUAAGGGAUGCAACUAACACUGGCAUUAAGUUUGCAGGUAUCGACGUGCGCUUGUGUGACAUUGGUGAGACCAUCCAGGAGGUCAUGGAGUCUUAUGAAGUGGAGAUACAUGGCAAAACAUAUCAAGUGAAGCCAAUCAGGAACCUCAACGGCCACUCUAUUGGACAAUACAGGAUACACUCAGGGAAAACUGUCCCUAUUGUAAAAGGUGGAGAGGCUACACGGAUGGAGGAAGGUGAAACCUACGCCAUCGAGACUUUUGGCAGCACAGGACGAGGUGCAGUCUACGAUGACAUGGAGUGCUCGCAUUACAUGAAGAACUUCAAUGUCGGUCACGUGCCAAUAAGACUUUCGAGGGCCAAGCACCUUCUGAAUGUGAUCAAUGAAAAUUUCGGCACCUUGGCGUUCUGCCGCCGCUGGCUGGACCGGCUGGACGAGAGCAAGUACCUGAUGGCGCUGAAGAACCUGUGCGACCUGGGCAUUGUGGACCCUUACCCGCCUCUGUGUGACAUCAAAGGCAGCUACACGGCGCAGUACGAACACACCAUCCUCCUCAGGCCUACCUGCAAGGAGGUGGUCAGUCGGGGAGACGACUAUUAGCUCACACAUUAUACAGUCAUGUUUCAAGGGUUGGAAACUUUCCAUGGGAAUAAAUGGGGAUUAACAAUAUAUGAGGAUUGAAUGGAAUUAAGUGUAAUACAAUGUGCAAAAUGUCUUGUUUUCCUAUCAAAGGAACUUAAAUAUUCUUAAAAAUACAUCUUGCAAUAUAAUUUUAGCAUAUACAGUAUAUAUAUAUAUAUAUAUCAUCCAUCAAAUUAAAGGUAACGCACAUAAAAACAACAAAAACAAAUAAUUACGGUCCAGUAUUAGUUUGCAUUCAUGUCUGCCUUCGACAAAACAAAAUGUAUGCAAACGUUACAGUUUCAUUCCCUCGUGUCCAAUGACUUUUUCCAACAUUUCUUAACUGAUAUUCCCAUGGAAAACGUCCAGAAUGUUCCAACCCCUAAUUAUUCCUGAUUGGAAUUAACUUUACAUUUGUAGGUCAUUGUUUUAUCUCCAUGUGUUAGCACGGAGGUAACUUAUGUGUUUUAAAUGAAACUAAGGGCAUAUGGAGUGUUUUCAGUAAAUAUUUUUUGAUGCGCUGCUUUUAGAAAAUGUGCAAAAAAGAAGAGGUGCAGUGAGCACCUUGUAAGCACAAGAUGCCUGCUGUAAUGCUGCUCUGAAAUACACCAUAGGGACAUAGCUUCUACAAUAUAAUCAAUUAAUCAAUCAACAGCUUAGUUCCUCCUUAAUAUGAAUGAUUCCAUCCUGGCAAGGCAUUUUGGAUAAUUCUGUGUUUCCAACUUUUUGGGCAAAACCAUGUUCUUGUGUCCAAAUGCACACACACAGGUCCAUACACAAAUGCUUGGAUGAGUUUGGUGUUUAAGAUCUGGAUCUCAAGUCUGAUCUGACAAAUGGUCUUCAGGAUGCAUGGACAAACACUCCCACAGCGGCACGCCAUUAAAAUUGGCACUGUUGGCACAAAUUGGCAUGCUGUUUGCAUUUUCCUUAUUUUUUUUACCUGGCUGGGUGUCCCAUUACUUUUGUCCAGAUAGUAUAUUCACGUUUACACUUUGGCUAUCUGCUCUCUUUUAGUUCAGUUUCCUGCCGUUUCAUUCUUGACUUGCCCAUAUGCGUGGAUGGAUUUGGACAACAAAACGAAGGAAAACGAAAUGAAAAACCAAAGCAAAUGUGUAAGAAAUAAGCCUGAAGUCUGACUGCGCUAUCGUGCACAAACCUCACAAAUGCAAAAGUCAUUAAGGUAAUAAUAGUGACCCCUUAUGGCGCAUUUAUAUAACUCAGAUUUCCACUCAUUUGUCCAAUUGACCUCGUGUAGUACUCUUCAUCAGCCAGUGGAGGGUGCCACUUUACAUAAAAAAAAUUCAUUCGGCCAGUCAGUCGUUGUUCUUUCCUGCAGCAAAAAAUGUUUUCUGUGUAGACGUGAAGAAGACACAAUACAGUAGAAAAUGCACAUCAACAUGGUCUUGCAGCAAGUGCAAGUUUGACAUUACCAAAACACCUUUCUAUGGGAGUUUUUGUCCAGUCAUCCAGAGGAACACGUAUAAAGUCAGAGGUCACCGAUGUUGGACAUUUGUUUUAAUGUAUUUAUUAGGGACAAUGCAUAUUAAUAGAUAUCUACAACCAAUACAUGUAAAUAUGACAGAUUAUUGCCAGAUUAUAGCACAACUGCACACAUUCUAUGCAACAUAGAUCUUGCAUAGAAUUUUGCUUUGUGAGAAAGGACAACUAGUUCGGUCUAGUUUGUUACAACUAGUUUGCUUAUUUGAAAAUGCAAACGCUACAUGGCCGCAUCAAAGCUUAAAAUGAUUCUUGGGACAAUAACGAUGUUAUUAAUAAACUUCGUUGAACACUCCUGGUGCUAAUGUGACAUGUUUGCGACCUAUGUGACAUUCAUGAUAUGAGAGAAUAGUAGUUGUUCAGAGAAUAAUUGUACAUUCAGUAGACGACAGAAUACACUACAUGAAAAGAUUGGCACGAGAGAUGACCACUGGUAUGUAACAGCUAUUGUGAUUGUUAUUUACUAAGCAUUGAACAAUAUUUAGUCCACGUGGUGUUUUGAUGCUUUUCCUCUCUGAUUCUAAUGUUUUCAUCCUGCAAAUAGUUGAGGGGUUGAGAUGUAAACGCAAGAAAAUUGAGUUUCAAUAUCAGGCAGGCUAAAUAAAGACCAAAAUAACUUGACAGCUACUGACCUGGAAUUGAAGAGCGGGUAAGUGCUUCCUUGUGUUGCCCGGGAUUCAGUUCCUCUUUGGAUCUUCAUCUUCAUCUAAGGACCAAUCAGCGUCUCUUACCCCAACAUUAUCUAACUUUCUCAUCCAAUCAGCCCUGCUUCUGUCCAAUUUUCGCCAAAAUCGCCAACAUUUGGCCAAUGAUUAGAGCGCCCGUCUGCUUUUGGUUUUACCAUAUUUCAACAUUUAACCAGUCGCAGACGAUGCGGACACUCAGCGUCUGUCGC